AACAAACAGGAGAAGAACCUCUCUGAAAUUCUAGCUUUCUAGGGUUUUAGGAACAAACUCUCUUCUUCCCUAAUCUUAAACCCUCUUCCUUCACGAAACCAAAUCAAAAAUGGAGCAGCGACUCGCCAAUUCAUGGCGUCUGACAGUGAACGAGAAGAAGUUCAUCGAGACCGCUCUUCUCCCCGCCCUCCGAAUCGACGGCCGCCGCCCAUUCGACUACCGGAAUCUCACCAUCAACUUCGGGAAGCAUGACGGCUCCGGCGAGGUCCAGCUGGGCCAGACCCACGUCAUGGCCUUCGUCACUGCUCAGCUCACCCAGCCCUACCGCGACCGCCCCAACGAGGGCUCGCUUUCCAUCUUCACCGAGUUCUCUCCCAUGGCCGAUCCCUCCUUCGAGCCCGGCCGCCCCGGCCAGGCCGCCGUCGAGCUCGGCCGCGUCGUCGACCGAGGCCUUAGGGAAAGCAGGGCCGUUGACACAGAAUCGCUCUGCGUUCUAUCAGGAAAGUCGGUCUGGGCCAUCCGUAUUGACCUCCAUAUUCUUGAUAAUGGAGGGAACCUUGUGGAUGCUGCAAAUGUUGCUGCUUUGGCUGCUCUCUUGACGUUUAGGAGGCCUGAAUGCUCAUUGGGAGGAGAAGAUGGUCAAGAAGUUGUUGUGCAUCCACCUGAGGAGAGAGAGCCCCUACCUUUGAUAAUUCAUCACCUACCCAUAGCAGUUACCUUUGCAUUUUUUGGUAGUGAGAGCAGCGUGGUGAUAGAUCCAACCCACCAUGAGGAGGCUGUUACUGGGGGACGAAUGACAACAACAUUGAAUGCGAACGGCGAUAUUUGUGCUAUUCAAAAAGCUGGAGGGGAGGGUAUUUUGCAGAGUGUUAUUAUGCAAUGCUUGCGAAUUGCUACUGUUAAAGCCGGUGAUAUAACGGAAAAGCUAAAGAAGGCAGUUGAUUCAUAUAACACAGAGAGAGCAUUAAAGAAGAUCAAGCGUCAUCCUUCUUCGACUCUUAUGGAUGUUGAUGGAGCCCAUUCUAAUUCAAGAGAAAAACAAAGCCCUCCAGCUUUUAAGAAGGCUACCAGUGAGUUCCCAAGCCAUCAUACGAGAAAGUCAAAUAAACUUGAAAAUGUUGAAGGCGAAACCAACUCAUCAGAACAAAGAAACACCACUAAGAAUUUCAUUGGGGGGCCUUCUAGUUGGGAUCCGUAUUCGAAAGGCGUUGAUCCAGAUUUCUUAAAAGCUUCCCUAGCUUUGCGCGGAGCAUCGACAGCUAGUAAAAAACAGGAGGUAUCAAAAAAUGAGAAGAUGCAUGGUGUAGCCAAGUUGGAGGAAACUACUAAAGAUGUUAAUGAAGGAUUUUUACCAGUUGAAGCGGCUCAAGCGGAACAGCCAACAAGAGGAGAGAAAACAUUGAAGGAUGCUGUGAAGCCCAAGAACAGGAGAAAAAAGAAUCAAUCUUCCACUGGUGCAAGCUAGAUGAGGCAUGACAAUCCGUUGGAACUUAUUGAGGAAACAAGAGUUGGAAAAUGAUGUGCGGCUGGACUGUUUGACUUUGGCGUGAUACAUCGGAUUGGCAUGGGCAGAGCUGCAAAACAUUUAUGAACUCAUCCGUAAUUUGGACUUUUGCCCGCAUCUAAGAUUGGCUUAGCUGAAUUCUUGUUGCAAUGGAUCAAAUUGAUCAAGAAUUAUUCCAUUGUCAUUGCUGAAGCUGCUAGAAUGACCUUAAGUGCAGUUUGCAUGCGACUCAGAUCUGACUCUCGACGUUUUGGAUUUUGUUGAGGCAAUGAUUUGUUCUUUGAAAGAUGUAUUUUCUCCUUGCUCUUUUCUCUUUUUAAGAUUCAGGUAAUAUGUACAUGAACAGAGUAAUCAAGAUUAUAGUCAAAUCUACAGAUUUUGGUA